AUUAAAGGUGUCAGUUUUGACGUAUAAACCAUAUUUAUUUAAAAUUUAAAUGAGCUCAUAAGUUUGAAGGGAAUUUUUUAUAUUUAUUAACAAAAUGGUGCUGUUAGAAAAUGACUCGUUUCUCUCAGAACUUACCAAAUUGUUUCAAAAAGCCAGAUUGGAUGGCUCUGUUAGUAUGACAUUUAAAAGAUAUGAUGGAUACAAUCGCCCAAUUCCUCGUGAAGGCAGGCCUCCUCUAGCAGAACCCACAGAACACAUGUGCUUGGUAAGGGCAAAAUUUAGGUCGAAAAAAAUUGCCACAGUAAUUCAUCAAAAAGAUGUGAACAAAUUCCAAGUAGCGUACAGUAGUUUAUUAAAGGGCAACUUAGACGGGCUUAAAAAAUUAAAAAAACCAAAAACAAAAACAAAGGCUGAAUAGUAAUGGUAUUUUUUGUGUUCAGAGACAUUGUUGUUAAGUAUUGUAAUGGUUACUGGAAUUGAAGCAAUGUUCAGGUUAAAUAAAUAAAUUAAAAUAGGUUUAUAAUUAAUUUAAGGUUACAACCUAAUGUAAUAUUUUUUAUUUUAUUAUAUUGUCAACAAAUAUAUUAAUUUUUUG